AUGAAGGCAUUGCUUUUGGCGCAUGAAAACCACGUCAUGAAGUUCUUGCCGCCAGACAAUGAAAACCUUGAUUAUACAAGAAUCCCCAGCUUCCUCAGUUGGCUGAAGGAUAGUCGAAAUCCAUUGCAAAAGAGAUCAAUCCGAGAGGCUCUUUCUCCCCAUGGAGGCUUCAUGAAACUAAUCACGGGACCGCCAGGAACAGGCAAAACGGCUGUCUCCACAGCCAUCAUCAGGUAUUGCUACGUUACCCAAGCACCAAUCCUAGUGAUCUGUGGACAGAAUCAAGGUCUCGAUGUAGUAGCACAACGUUAUUCGUCUCUUUACGAAAAUGGCAAUGCCGAUAUCUCCCAAGUCUACCGAUUGGGAACAGAGUUCGCUGAAUCAGUGGAUAUGCAUUUCAAAGAAAAUCUGGUGCUCACAACGGAUCGGGUGUCUGGUCUGCGUGAAAAUUUCAAAAGAGCUAUUCAUGAAUUGAGCCGAGCAGACAUCGCUGAAAGAAUCGUUGGCAGUCUUGAAGCCUCCCUCACCAGCAUGGGUGUAAACCUGCAGCACCUCUCCUUGGGCAGGUUCAUCAUGACCCGCGUUAAGAAUGAAAUUCGUUUGCAGGGUUCGCCAGGGAGGGAAACAAAUCAAGAGUCAGAACUGCUCAUGGAAUUUGCUUGCUGGCAACAAGUCAUACGGAUGAUGGACAAGCUGCAGGUGGAGCCAAUCGAUCCAACAAGCACGAGCGCCCACAAUUUCUCUGCUGAACAACGAGAGCUGCAAGCCAGCUUCCAAAAGCUGUGGGGAAAGCUCCAGGAGUUCUUUCUUAAGAAGGCCCGUGUCGUCUUCUGUACCGCGAACACCGCGGGGCGACAUAUCCUUCGUGGGUUCCGCCCUCGCUUUGUUUUGAUUGAGGAGGCUUCGCAUAUUUCAGAGACAACUUGCUUGGUCCCAAUUAUGGCUAACUACGUAGGCCUGGAGAGGGUCAUUCUGAGUGGAGACACAGCGCAGCUACCACCGACUGUGAUCUCCAGGAAUGAAAACGAGUGCGGCCAGAUCGAAAAAGUCUCGCUUUUCGAGAGAAUGAUUCUCUCCGGACAUCCCGACAUACAACUGCGAACGCAGUACUGUAUGAUGGCUGGAAUUUGCAAGUUCAUUGGCACGGAAUUCUACAACGGUACUCUGGAGACCGUGGAGUCAGCUCCGAAUAGAGCGACGUCAAAAGCUCUCUCAAGUUUCAUGGCUACUCGAUACAAGUGCUCGCCAGGUUCCUCGUUUUUCCUCUCUCUAUCUGGCACAACAGUCAUCCGACGUCAGGGAGGAACCUCGGUCCUAAAUCCCGAGUAUGUGAGUCAUAUCGCUGACCUCGUUGAUGCUCUGGCCAAGAAGGUGCCCAAUCUCCCGCAGGAGGACAUUCUGGUGCUCUUGUAUUACAACGAGGAGCGCCGGGUCCUAUCUGAGCUGCUUCGAAAGCUCGGCCGUUCAAAGGUCCGUGUUAAAAGCGUGGACUCCUCACAGGGCUCCGAAAGCCCUGUGGUGAUACUUUCAACUACUCGGCCAGGUGGGCAAUGGGGUCUGGGGUUCAUCACAGAUCGGAAGAGAAGCUGUGUCGCAUUGAGUCGUGCUCAAAGCUGUCUUGUUGUCGUCGGAUUUGAGAAGAUGGGAAUGGCCACGCAAGUUGGCUCAGGUCUGGGAUUCCAGGUCUGGGAGCGCCUUGUCAAGCAACACGAGCAGACUUCUACUUUAUGUCGCGUGAAGGGUAGUUCAGCCCUUCUCAAGCAGCAACUCGGGAUCUCCGAAGGAAGUUCUGGAUAUGAGCGUGCUCUUCGUUGA